CGUUGUAUGUGUUUGUAUCAUGAGGUUGGCACUUUGAAGUUUCUAUUUUUGGAACAUUGCCGGAUUCUGACAUGGAAAUUUUGUUGUUGAAAUUUAUGGGAAAUUCUUGAUCUGGGUCUUUCAAAAUUUUGCCUCUUUUGGAUGUUUAUUAGCUUUAAAAAGGCAUUUUUAUGGCAACAGAAUUACUCAGAUGAUGUGGCGUUAUGAAUCACCGAACCUUCAUGGGAUUACCUUCAAGCGUUUUUUAUGGGUGUUUUGGAUUAUUCAUUUUCUUCUGGUUCUUUUUAAAUUUCUCAGGUAUUUUUGUUGGUCUAUCGAACAUCAUGUUCUGGUUCUUUAGAAUUUUAAUGACAGUUAGUUUGUGAAUUUUAUGAGAGUAUUUGCGUUGGUUUGAGACAUAUAAAUGGCUUACUUGUUUGUGUUUCCUGCGCUUGAGGUUAUAGCGGGAGCUUUGGUUUAACUUAUUGAAGGAUGGACUGGAUUUUUAGCGACUGCUCAUAUACUGUUAUAGGGGUUUUAGUUAUCUUUCAGUAAGAUACUCAGUAAGUUUAGAGUUGACAAUUUUUUCACGGGUAAGUAAAACACUAACCCAAUAGGUCUUGAAUCCAUUAUCUUGCUCAAGGCCCGUUUCCCAUGCUUUUAGGGGGAGGUGCCAUUUUAUCUGAAGUUUUUUUUUCCAGGUUUAAAGAACGGUAGAAUAACUGGACGGUUGAAAUGGAAACUGAUGCUGUUUGUGAAGCAACUACAUCUGUUGAUGGUUUUGAGACUAGUGAUCUAGAGGCAGAGUCAAUUAGGGUUGACUUACUUGAAGGGAUCACUUCUAAUGGAGAGAUCAUCGGAGAAUUAGGAAAUGCUGGCGAGGUUCUAACAAGAGUGGAAUUGAUGUUAGCAUGCUAUUCUGAAAAGUUGGUUAACCUAAGUGUUCUUGUGAUGCAUGUGGCAACCAGGGAAAGUGACUUUGAAGCCUUUGCUUCGCUUGAAGAACAUAUGUCGGGUGAUUCUAUUGGAAAGGCUUUGGAAUUUGAUCUCUUAUCUGGAAUUUUAGACUCGGAGGCGAGAGAACUGGACAAAUUCACAGCUACUCUUGAAGCAGAUGUUAUCACCGCCUGUGAGAUUGUAUUCUCAUUCAAGCACUUGGGAGAAACUUUCAUGGAAAUGGAAGGAAAGUUGCGUGAUGCUGAACAAUCUUUGAAGCAAUCCCGAGAUCAGGUCUCUGAAAUUAGGACGCAAUCUGCCAAGUUCCAAAGGAUCUUGUCAUGUUCUAUUCGAGAUGGCAAUUUUAUUGGUGAUAAAGGUGGGGACUGUCAAGAGGAUGAUGAAUUGUUGAAUACGAAUGCAAAGAUAAAAAUGCAAACUGCUGACCAACAAAGACAUAUCCUGAGGAUGCUCGAAAAAUCUUUGGCUAGAGAGAUUGAUCUUGAGAAGAAGUUGACUGACUCAAGACAAAUCGAAGAAGAACUGAAACUGAGGCUAAAUUCUUCAGAACAAGAAGUAUUUUACCUAGAGGAAGAAGCAGCAGAUGUGUGGAAGAGAUGUUUUCAGACAGAUAAUGCAUCAGAGGUCCUUAUGGGAGUUUCAAAAGAACUGUUGGGUCGACUCCAGAUUUGUCAGUUCAGUUUGAAUGGUGCAUUUAAGCGAGAAGCUGAGCUAAGAUCAAAGCUUGAACACUCUACUGAGCAGUUGAAAGCCAAAGAAACUGAUUUUCACAAGCUCAAGACCAGUAGUGCAGACCUCAAUGACUUUCUCUUAGCUCAGACAAAUAGCUUAAAGGUCUGCUUGAAGGAAGCUGAAGAUAAAUUAAUUCUUUCCAAUUCUGAGGCAUCCACUUUGAGAGAGGCUUUGAGUUCACUUGAGAAUCAGCUUAAAGAGUCAAAGUUUGGGCUGCUGAAUGCGAAGGUCUCUGCAGAUGAAAGUCAGGUGCAGCAUAACGUUCUGACUUCUAAAAUCGGUGAAACGGAAAAUGUUAGCAUGGGUCUGAAAGAAAAUAUAUCUGAAGCAGAAAAUAGGGCUGAAAGUGCCGAAGCCAAGUGCAAAUUAUUAGAGGAGACCAAUGUGGAUCUUAAUGAUCAACUGCGUCUUCUUAAAGGCAGUGGUAAUAUCUCUGAGAAGGUGAAUUUACUCGAGAGACAAUUAAGAGAAUCUGAUAUUCAGCUACAGUAUGCAGUAGCAUCUGCUGAAGCUAGUCAGGAGAAGCAAAUCAUGUUGUAUUCAGCAAUUGGAGACAUGGAGAAUUUGAUAAAGGACCUGAAGUUGAAGGUUUCAAAAGCUGAAAUUCGGGCCGAUUCUGCUGAGGAGAAGUGUAUCCUAUUAUCUGAAUCUAAUGCGGAGCUAAACGAGGAACUGAGCUUUUUGAGAGGCAGACUGGAAAGCUUGGAGGCAUCUUUGCAUCAAGCUCAGGAAAUGAAAAUUGCAACUGCAAAGGACAUAGGUAUCCGAACCAAAGUUAUUACAGAUUUGGUCAUGCAACUGGCAAUUGAAAGAGAGCGCCUUCGUAAGCAGCUAACUUCAUUGGCGAUGGAGAACCAAAUCUUGCUGGUAAAGUUACAGCAUAUGAACAGGGAUCCAUCUGUAACUAUUGGCCAUGACACUGUAGAAAACAUUAAAGAAUUCUCAUUUCCCGAGCAUGAUUUGGCUGCUGUUACUAGUGCAAGAGGAAGUACUGAAGAAAUAUCUGAGUUGCCGCCCACUGGUUCUGAGUGUGACAAGACUUUGAAAAAUGCAUCUAUUGGUAAGACUAAAGUGAGGUCGGCAGAUAUUACAUCGGAGCUCGAGACAGUGAGGAGAAUAGAUGCAGGAGUCCUGAACUUUAAGCAUGUUUCUAUUGCAAUGCUCAUCUUACUAGUUUCAGUCGUAGCUUAUUUAUUUCGACAACAAAAUUGCCCGUUUUGAUGUUCAUGUAAGAGUUUUUCUUGGCCAAUCUUCUAGAGAUUUUCGUCAGAGCUUCUCUCUUUUGUAACUGAAUGUACACAAUCUCUCUCCUAAAAUACUUCUGUUGUAAACCAGUGAUGUGGAGCUUUGCAGACGGAUAAAGAUAGUUUCUAUGUUCUGAAAUUUUUUGGCAGAUAAAACCUAUUUUACGAUAUGCAUAAGUUUUCAUCUGAACAAUAAAGAGUACAUGGAAAGAGAAGGCUUCGAGGAUUAAA